AUGAAGUUUUGGAAGAGCAAGCACGCGAGUUCCUCCAGUUCAUCCAGAACUCUUUCGAUACUCUGCCGGGGCAAGAAAAUUAGUCGCGAGGAGCUUUUCAAAUAUACCAACGGACGUUUCUUAGCCAGAGAGAAGGAGUCAUGCGACCGAAGA